AGAAAAAAAAAAUGUGCGAAGACGAUGUUUCUGCGCUAGUGGUAGAUAAUGGAUCAGGAAUGUGUAAAGCUGGCUUUGCAGGAGAUGAUGCACCACGAGCAGUCUUCGCCAGUGUUGUUGGCAGACCACGAUACCAAGGAGUGAUGGUGGGUAUGGGUCAAAAAGAUUCGUACGUAGGAGACGAAGCUCAAACAAAAAGAGGCGUUUUGACUGUAAAAUACCCUAUCGAACACGGUAUUAUCAGUAAUUGGGACGAUAUGGAGAAAAUUUGGCAUCACACGUUCUUCAACGAGUUAAGAAUAUCGCCUGAUAAUCAUCCUGUUCUUCUAACGGAAGCCCCUCUCAAUCCAAAAAUCAACAGAGAAAAAAUGACGCAGAUAAUGUUCGAAACUUUUAACUGUCCCGCCAUGUACGUCGCUAUACAGGCUGUCUUGUCCCUGUACGCCAGCGGAAGGACAACUGGUAUCGUUAUGGACUCUGGUGACGGAGUAUCGCACACUGUACCCAUAUAUGAAGGUUAUGCUUUGCCACACGCUAUUUUACGUAUGGACCUUGCAGGACGAGAUUUGACGGACUAUUUAAUGAAAUUAUUAACAGAAAGGGGCUACAGUUUUACAACCUCGGCUGAAAGAGAAAUCAUAAGGGAUCUCAAAGAAAAAAUAUGUUAUGUGGCACUAGACUUCGAACAAGAUCUGGCUAUAGCUCAAAGUACCUCAUGUUUGGAAAAAACUUAUGAAUUACCUGAUGGACAACUUAUUACUCUAGGAAAUGAGAGAUUCAGAUGUCCGGAAGCUAUGUUUCAACCAGCUUUAAUAGGAAUGGAAAUACCAGGAAUAGCCGAAACCACUUACCUCUCCAUAAUGAAAUCAGACAUGGAUAUAAGAAAAGAUUUAUAUGCCAAUACCGUCCUAUCAGGAGGAAGUACCAUGUUUCCAGGUAUAGCGGAUCGAAUACAAAAAGAGAUAGCAGCUUUAGCGCCUGCUUCGAUGAAGAUCAAAAUAAUAGCUCCACCGGAGCGGAAGUAUUCCGUUUGGAUAGGUGGCAGCAUUCUCGCCAGUUUGACAACUUUCCAACAAAUGUGGAUCUCCAAAUCGGAAUACGAAGAAGCCGGACCUGUUAUAGUUCAUAGAAAAUGCUUUUAAAUUAUAUUUUAGCACAAUUAUUAUUUUUAUUACAAAAUGUUUUUGCAUGAUCGAUCAUUUUGAUUUGUUGUUGACGAUGGCGUAAAUCUUUGAAGGGAUAAAACUAUGCCUUUUCCAAAUUUCAAGCUAGUAUCCUUAAAAAUUACUAGACCUCGUUUUAACGGCAAAUGUAAAUCUGAUACCUUUUUAAGUUAUUU